CUAUAAUUAUUGAAAGUUACGCUGUAAAUUCUCUGUAAUUACGCAGUACUUUCCGAGCUGUAAUCUAAAGUGUUACCGAAUCUUCAAGUCUGAUAGCCACUCUCCCUCCGCUACAUAAUUGGUGGGGGGUGACGUGCGAAAGGGGCAUUUGCAAGGUUGUAAUCCACUAGGUGACGCUAGUGUCACAGAAGCUAUAUACUUGACCUUUAAGUAAAAAAAAAAAAGUUUCAGAAAGGCAGUAAAUUAAACAAGAAAACAAUGAAAAAAAUAAGCAAAAGCACAAUGGAAUAUCUGCUGCCUUUGACAUCACCGCUCAAGAAAGUAAUUAGUAGGGCUCUAGUCUAGAGCUCUCACAUAAACAAUUCACAUACAUAAUUUAAUUUGAUGUGACCCUAACAGUAUAUUAUGCCUAUUCUCUAGUCAUUGAGUGUAUGAUUUGGUAACUUCUUAAUGUGGUUCAUUAUGGGAUUGAAUGACUGAACUAUAUAAUUUAAAUUGUUGUUUCAGACACCACUAUGAAAUGUGUCAAACCUGAAAUAGGGAACAACUAAAAAGGGGCAAUUUUUAAACACAAUUUCAGUUUGACAACCAGGUUUAAAUUAGGCGUGCUGUUCUGGUUCAUGUAUCUUUCACAGUCUGCCCAUCUGAAUGUUUGUACUUACUUACUACACAGUCAGUUAGUAGUAACGUGAGAACAGGAAGAAAAAAAAAAAAAAACAUGUUUUCUAGGUUGGGUACUUCUCUAAUCACAAAAUAGUUUCAAGAGCCAUCGAUUUUUUUCUUGAAACACAAUAUGAUCAUGGCAUGCAAAGUUAUUAAAAAGUAGAAAAAAAAUGUAGCUGACAACUCAUUAGGCCAUUUUUCACGUUCAGCAACAUUCCUUCAGCCCCAUGCAAACAUAAUCCAUUCAUCUCUUUCUGUGAGGAUUAUGUGCUUUUUUUUAACCUGCCCAAAAUAUUCAUUACUAUGGCUAUAGACCACUGACAAAUGCAGGCAUCUUUGUACAACAAUACAGGUAUAGAGAACACAAAAUUCAUUAAUUCAAGGUUAUAAUGUCUCUGCAGAAAUACAUAAAAAACUGAAAACUGCAUUUAGACUACUAUAUGAGCUAAAGGAGUGGCAAUAGGCUAUGAACUUAUCCAACACAAAGUUAACAUACUUACAAUGAAACCUUUGUCAGAAAAGCUACAGAUCUGGCAACUAAUAGAUAAGAUAAUCAGUUUCCUCAAUGAGACCACUAAUAGUUUCAAAAUCCAGUGUAAGACACAUGAUACUUGUUACUUAAAUUUUCCUUAAUGUUUAAAAAUGUAUUUUGUUUUAAAAACAUCUUGGUGUACAAAAAGUUUACAAACCUUUUUGACCGAAUGCUCUUUUUGACUGUAAUAUCAGACAAUCACACUUUCCAAGAAGAUGAUAGCCACACCUCUGCUGUGUAAUUACUGUGAUUUUUUUGCAGAGGUUAGCCCUUCCCCUUUGUAUGAUUUGUUAGCUGUCGCUUCCUGACACACAAGAGAGGCUGUUUUAUACCUCACUCACACAGAUCUCCUCUCCUGGCAGUUGUUUAUUGCAGGUUAUAAUCUUAAAUAAAUUAACAUGACAUUUAACAGAUCAAAUCAGAUGAUUCUGAAAAUAAUCUCCAUCCUUUCUGUGACUACAGCCAUGUCCAUCCUCUUGAUGAACUAUUCAGAACAAAGGACAAAUUGUCCUCGCAAGAAAAAGCUGGUCUUGAAUCACUUCCUAAAGCAGGAUGUUGGAGAACUACAGGCUUGUUCUGCUAUUAUUCAAGGAGAUGUGGACGGAGUGGACAAGGACAUUUUCAGGAAACUUCUGACCUCGAAAAAAAGAACAUCCUUGCUAUCCGAGUCAUUCUAUCUCAACGCAACCAAGGAUUGUCCAUCCUACAUCCGAGACAGAGGGUUUCUGACGGUUUCUCUCAGUAAAGAGGAGAAAGAUUUCCCUAUUGCUUACUCCAUGGUGAUCCAUGAGAAGAUUGAGAUGUUUGAAAGGCUCUUAAGAGCCAUUUACACUCCUGACAAUCUGUACUGUGUUCAUGUGGACCAGAGGUCUCCUGAGAUCUUUAAAGAAGCAGUUAGGGCCAUUGCGUCCUGCCUGACAAAUGUGUUUAUGGCCAGCAAACUGGAGAAUGUGAUCUACGCCUCCUGGUCUCGAGUUCAAGCGGACAUCAACUGCAUGCAGGAUCUGCUCAAGUCACCUGUCCAGUGGAGGUAUCUGCUCAACACCUGUGGCACUGAUUUCCCCAUCAAAACCAAUGCAGAAAUAGUUGAGUCUCUAAAACACCUGAACGGAAGGAACAGUUUGGAGUCCGAGGCCGUAGAGUCCAAAAAGUGGCGCUGGCAGUAUCAUCACAAUGUUACGAACGUUGUGACUCGGACCGAUGUUAAAAAGUCACCCCUGCCAAUAAAGAGCCCUAUGUUUGCAGGAAAUGCUUACUUUGUGGUUUCAAGAGAGUUUGUGGAUCACAUCUUCAAAAGCAAAGAGGUUCAAGAAUUCAUGGAAUGGGAGAAAGACACAUACAGUCCAGAUGAACACAUGUGGGCUACGUUACAGCGGAUGCCUUCAGUACCAGGAUCCAACCCUUCAAACAGAAAGUACGAGCAAUCGGACAUGAACUCAAUUGCUCGUCUAGUUAAAUGGAGCUACCAUGAAGGAGAUCUAAAGAGUGGGGCUCCCUACCCACCAUGCACUGGGACGCACAGACGGGCGGUGUGUGUCUAUGGAGCUGGGGACUUGAAAUGGAUUGUGAGGCAACACCAUCUUUUGGCAAACAAGUUUGAUCCACAAGUAGAUGAUGUAGCUAUCAAAUGUAUGGAGGCUUUUUUAAGGUACAAAGCUAUUUAUGGUCGAUCAUUACUAACAGUUGAUAAAUCUGACAUUAUUUUAUGAUGUUUUUAAUGUUUUAAAUUGUUUGUAAAUAUUAGAUAUAUGGAUUUUUUUAUUUUUAUGAAAUGUGUUAUAUGUU